GAUGGGAAAUGACUUGCUUAAGGUUACUCUGGGAGGAUACCAUCUACCUCAACUUCCUUUUACAGAUGGGGAAAUAGAGGCCCAGAGAGGAACAGGAAUUUGGCCGAGUUUCCACAGUGGCAGAGUUGAAAGAACAGUAUUCUACGAAAUCUGACGUCCAAAUCCGAUGUGCUUUUCCUGCACUGCACAGGGGCCAGCGCCGGCAGAGUUGGGGAUUCCUUAUCCAACACUCGGUUCCUGGGGAAGGAAGGGGUCAGCUGCCCAGACAAGGGCCCUUGCCCUGCGGAAUUAGAGGGGGGAGGGUGUCACGAGAGCAGAGCGGCGACACUCGGAAGAAAGGAAAAGACAGGGCAGUCGGACGGCGAAGGGAACUAGUGUCAGCCAGUGGGCGCAGGCCCAGAUCAGUUCGCAGGGUCUGGGGCUCGAGUGCCCCUGUUCGCCCGUGCACACCCCGCGGCCCUCCCGACCUUCGGCCCAGCCAGAGCGGAGAAGGGGCACUGGGGAGGGGGAAGUGGCGUGGCUGCCCGGGAGCGGGGCGGCGGCCGCGGGUUGAUGACGCACCGGGCUGCGCGUUCGCGUCCCUAGUGACGGGCAGGUUGCUAAAACUCUUCCUUCUGCAACUGUCGGCGACAUGGACGCCACCACAGCCCCCCAUCAGAUCCCAGUGGAAAUGCCCCAAUAUGGGGAGCGACAUCAUAUCUUCGAGAUAAUGCAGGUCAUGCUACAGGAGCUCUUGAUUCACCAACCAGAGGAACCCAUUCAGUUUAUGUUGAAUCACUUGCGUCGAGACAAUGACAUGGUGCCAAGGAUUUUUAUAUUGGGCCCACCUGCCUCUGGGAAAACAACUAUUGCAAUGUGGCUUUGUAAACAUUUAAAUGCCAGCCUCAUCACGAAGCAGAACUUAAUAAGAAAUGAAUUUUCGGUAAUAGCUGCUAAAGCAGCUACAGUCUUUGGAGCAAACCAGGCAAUUCCUGAUUCAAUGCUGAUGGAAUUGCUCGAGGAACGUCUGACAAAUGAUGAGUGUGUCUCAAAGGGCUGGAUUUUGGAUGGCAUUCCUGAAACUCGAGAACAGGCAUUGAUGAUACAGACAUGUGGAAUCUCUCCCAGGCAUGUCAUUGUGCUGAGUGCUCCAGACACCGUCCUGAUUGAGAGAAAUUUGGGCAAACGGAUUGAUCCUUACAAUGGAGAGGUUUAUCACACAACUUUUGACUGGCCCUCGGAUACUGAAGUACAGAGCCGGCUGAAGGUACCAUUGGGCAUCUCGGAGGAGGAAACUGCCAAGAGACUAAUGGAAUAUCACAAGAACAUUAAUAGGAUUCUCCCUUCUUAUCCUAAAAUUUUGAAGGUUAUCAGUUCUGAUCAGCCGUGUGUGGAUGUCUUCUACCAAGCUCUAACCUAUGUCCAAAGCCAGCACCGGUCGAAUGCUCCUUUUACUCCAAAGAUUUUGCUUUGUGGACCCACGGGCAGUGGGAAAAGUCUACAGGCAGCUCUCCUUGCUCAGAAAUAUGGCAUUAUCAAUGUCUGCUGUGGGCACCUGCUGAAAGAAGCACUUGCAAGCAACUCAAAUAUUGGAGAAUACAUCCGGCCAUUUUUUGAACAGGAAAUGCAAGUUCCUGAUCAAAUCAUCAUAAGAGUCCUGAUAAACCGUCUCAGUAAACAGGAUUGCAUUCGCUGUGGAUGGGUGCUUCACGGUUUCCCUCAAGACUUAAAUCAAGCAACUCUCCUGGAUAAUGCGGGAUUCAUGCCCAACAGGGUGUUUUUUCUGAAUGUACCAUAUGAUUCUGUCAUUGAACGGUUAACUCUAAGAAGAACAGAUCCAGCCACAGGAGAAAGAUAUCACCUCAUGUACAAGCCACCUCCAACCAUGCAGAUCCAGAAGCGUCUCAUGCAGCACCCAGAGGAUACAGAGGAAAAAGUGAAGCUCAAAAUAGAUUCGUUCUAUAGAAAUUCUUCUUUGCUGGAAGACUACUUUGAUGAUGUCAUUUAUGUCAAUGGGGAUCAAGAUCCUUACACUGUCUUUGAGUACAUAGAGAGUGGGAUCAUUUUGCCUUUGCCCACUAAAGUCACAUUAUAAGCAGAAAAACUACUGGGUUUUACUUUCAUGUAGUAACGUCCCACAAGAAUAUGUAUUAAUUUCCCUGAAUAUUUUAGAGCCAUGGCAAAUUAAAUAAAUAGUGCAUAUUAUCACUCCUUUGCAGAAUAAAAUGACUGGAAAUGCCCUUGUUUAGGAGACUUGAGAACAAAUAGAUGAGGAAGACAAGUGUAUGGGGAUGUUUUGAUUUUCCUAAGAACUUAGUAGCCAGAAAAAAAAAAAAACCUUACUGUGGGGCAUAGUAAGUGGAAGGAAAGCUUAUAGGGUGAAUGCCUGGCAGGCACUAAUAAUAAUACCUUGAUUUUGAUAGGGCUUUAGCCCUUUCGGAGGACUUUCAUGCCCACUGUCUUUCAUAGCAAAUGCUAAUGGACCUGUAAUUUCAUUGAUAUUGACCUGUGAUAUCCUCUCUCCCUCAAAGAAUGUCACCCCUUCAAGCUUUAAUAUAUGGUCUUCAUCAGUUCCUGUAGCUUAACGUCCUGUGACUAACCUGGUAAGGAACUGCUCUAAAUUUAACUGGAUUGGUCUUUGUAUCAAAAUCCAUGGUCAGGCCCAUACUCAAGACUUUUCUAACUUAGUAGGUCCUGCCAGAUACUAUACUUCACCUCAGAACCUUUGAGAACCCAGGAUGACCUCCCUCUUCUGAUGAAAUGCCAUGAGAGGACUUGGAAGGCUGCAUAGCCUGGUAGAAAAAGCC